AUGGAAGGCGUAGUCUAUGCAUUAGCAAUGCGGACCCUGACUUUCAAAGGAAAGCCCCUGUUCAUUUUCAUCGUAUCAGUGACCCUAUUUGUCCUGAGCUCAGCGCACUUGAUCCUGAAUGCUGUUCACGUAGGCACAUGUUGCAAGGAAGAUGAUACUAGUAAAUGCAACAGUGUACUAUCGCACAGGAUCUACACUGCAAAAUACGCCAUCUAUGUCGCCCAGACAUGCGCUGCUGAUGGUUUUGUGAUAUGGCGCUCCCGUUUAUUCAGCCGUACGUGUAUCAUUGCAGUGCCGGCCCUCUUAUGGGUCGCCAGCUUUGCGGUGGGCAUCACAGGGACAUGUUUCAUCUCAAAAGCCGAACCAAACAUCUCGGCCAUCUUCUCCUCGCCGUGUAGGCCCUGGAUGAUAUGCUUCUACGUCCUCACAUACUCCUCCCACUUUUCCGGCACAGCCAUUCUGAUCAUCCGAGUCUGGUCGCUCUUCCAUCCGCGCACCAACCUCUUCGAGGCGAGCCGGAAGUUGUGUAGGCGCGUGGUGAUGCUGCUCACGGGCGCGCACGGGCUGUACGCCAUCACGAUCAUCGCCCUCCUCGUGUGUUACCUCUGCAGGACGCUCGGCCAGGUGGUCGUGGCGGAUAUGCUUUGGGAGCAGGCGGUUCCGAUCAUCUCCAUUGCGCACUGCAUGACCGCCAUCCCCGGAUCGUCGCAGCAAGAGGCAGCAUCAAAAGGCAUCGCGCCGCAUUAUCGAGUUUCGCGAGAUGCCGAGGUAAAAGACGAUCUUGGGUCUACACCGACAGCGGUCGUGAUGCAUUCUUUCCACUUCUCCGACUUUACCAUGUCAGCCCGCCUCAAUCUAGACGAGAAGGGCGAACGGACCGUGACGACGCAAGGGGUGUAG